CAGACUUAGACAACCCUCAUCCAAGAUGGUGAAGCAUUCCCUGGAUGAUCUACCAAUGGAACUCCUCACUUACGUGGUCCUCGAGUUGCCGAAGAGAGACCUGAAAACCGUCUGCCUCCUUUCCAAACGCCUCUGUGCUUUCGCUAAGCCUCUUCUGUGGAACUCUGUAGCCGUUCAUCUGGAGGAGGAGUAUUUCAAUGCAGUUAAUACGGAAAAGCUGCGCAGUGCAUCCCAGAAUCAAAGGGGAAAUCUUCUUCUCGGUACAAGAGAGUUCCAUGUUGAAACGGAACUUCGCAUGAAUGCUAUGACUGGACGAUGCCGUCACCUGAAUCAAGGCGAUGAGGUUGAAGAGGAUAGGAAUGAAGUGCUACACGCCGUCUUGGACGGAAUGCAGAAUGACGUUGGAGAUGUUGACUGUUGGGAGCAUUCUCCACAACUAGAUUUUCGCCGAGUCAACAACGAGGUGAUGUCUGUGUUGCUGAAGUGUAAGCCUGGCCAGCUUAAGACAUUCAACUGGAAUACAGGGCUGUGUGUGCCGCAGCCCAUUCUGGGACCGAAGGGCUACCUCCCUCUCAAACAACAGAAUCUCGAAACCCUCCGUCUCGUCUCCGACGGCUGGUGCUCGGCUCAGCGCCUUCACUUGGAAGCGUUCAUCAAACUGAAGAGUCUAUCGUGGACGGGAUUGCGCUCCAGAAGGGAAAUGGCAGCACUCCGCGACUGUUUCAAAGUCUCAUCGCAUCAACUGGUCCAGCUUCACCUUGAUUUCCUUGAAUGGGCACUAAUCCGGCCUGAUGGCCGUGAUUCCAUUCAACAGGCGCUCUUAGGCACCACACGCUGCGCGGGAGGAUACAUGUUCCCAGCACUUAAACACCUUUCCUUGGCUGGAUAUUCAUUUGAGCGCGUGUCAAAGCAAUUGGCUACGGCGUUCAACUGGCGCUCCAUGCAGUCGCUGAGUAUACGUUUCUGCCAAGACUGGGAAGCAUUUCUGAAAGACAUCCUAUCGUUAAAAAAGGAGAUCAACAUCCGGUCUCUGCAGGUACAAUAUAGCCCGAAACGCAACCCGGGAGGCGGCGAUGGAUCUCCUGCAAUCGAGUCGUUUCUCAAUGCCUUCGAGGGCCUGGAGGAGCUCUUCAUCGCUACGAACGAUGCAACCAGGACCGACGUGAUCUGGGAGGCGAUUAUCCACCACAAGUCGACUCUGAAGAGUCUUGUCUAUCACCAACGAUACAGGAAUCGGGAGCGGACCAUGGGCUUGAAUUUCGUCGGCGAUCGUGAUCUGCAUGUGUUGACCUCGCUCCCAAAGGACAUCGACAAGGACAGUUCGCUGAACCCCUUGUCUCAGCUUGAUUUGGAAUUUCUCGGAAUAUGCUGCACUAUAAAUAAUUUGAAACAUAUCGUCUCCCCCUUCAUGAACAAAACCAGCUUGAAAGUUCUCCACGUCCGACUAUCCGGCCACGACUUCGGCCCUCUGCUGCGUGUCUGGGACAACCAGCGCGGCACGUCUCCAUUUCGACCGCCGCCAUCCUAUGAAGACCGCGUACGGCUAUUCUGGCAAUUCGCCGACUGGGUAUUCGGGCCGGAUGGAAUACGGUCCCUGCAUAUCCUGGCAUUCGGUGACUUUUCGUAUAAUGACUCGUAUAAGGUAUUUAAUAUUGUUCUGUGCAGGAAUGAUGAAGGGCAGGGCACUCGAUCAAGAAAGCCGUAUCGUGAUGUGACGGAGAACGAUCAUGUUCCGCAGUUACGGCUCAAGAGGUUUUCUCGUGCCUUGCAGGCGUGUCCGAGUGAUGUUAUUAUAAUGAAUCCGGCUGAGACUGAUAUGUAGUGAGGGAGAGGUAGGUAUACAUUGUUGUUACUAUGUAAGACAGGCAGAGGAGGAUGUCAGUUCUGUCCAUCUACGGCCUAUCCAGUAAAUCCUCCUUGAUCAAGUCACUCGCCUUCUCCGCAACAGCGUACACGGUACUACCCAGAUGCCCACUAACCUGCAACGGUACGACACUGGCAUCACAAACGCGGACAUUGCUUGUUCCAUAGACCCUAAGCCGACUAUUGACCACGCCUCCCAGUUCUCGCGCCAUCAUCGCAGCGGUCCCCAGGGGGUGCAGACACCCUCCGUCUGAUUCCGUCAGCUUCAUAUCUUCACAGUUGCAUGUUCUAAUGGGCUGUAUGGGAAGCUUACUCGACGACCGCAGCCAAUCGGCCCACUGCCCAUCCGUUGCAUUCAACGGAACUGUGUCAUAACCCGGUGUAAUCUCGACAGCCACCUCCGCCGCUGGGAUGCCGAGGUACAGGGUACAGUCAACUGUACCCUAGGGCUGUAGUGGUCUUGGCGCCAACUAGUAAUAUUAUGUAAUCCGGCCUCGGCAACUAGUUACUAUUUUUGGACUAGUCCCUAAAACAUCAUUCUUCUAGAUACACGCACAAGAACUAGUUUACUC